AACAGAAUAUCGCUAUAGCUAUACUUCAAACGCACAGUUGGCUGUUCUUUGCUCACAUCAGCGGUCACGCGCCCUCUCCGUCGCUGCACAUUAAUUAUUCCCACAGUCUCCAGAUAAUAAUGCGCUUUUUCGCGGUGCCCGCUGUUUUAAUGCGUUUUCCAAGUUUUUAACAAAUAAUUCACUCUGUCUCGGGCGCGUGAUGCACCGCAAAUUGAAAGAUGGCGCGAAAGAGCUCUUGAGUCAGGUGCACACACCUCCUCCAGCAAGUACUACGCACUCAUCUCCGUCUGCCUCACACUGAAUCGUUUAAGGCGCACGGAAGGGAUAGGCGCAUAGUCUCAACGCGACAGCACGUUCAGCUCCUCUGUAUUAACAAGGAAGACACGCGAAGGACUGCUAUCCAUGAGCUCUCGUGUCCAGUGACCCGCUGGCGAUGGGAUCUGACCGGCAUACUGAUACGCUCCGCCAGCAGCGUCAGCAGCACCGGAGAGCGCGACAGACGCAAGAACGCCUCGCGCGCCACUUUGGUUUUCGUUAGACUUGCGUUUUUGUUUUUUGUUUUUUGCGUUUGUAGUAUUUUGAUGUUGGUCUCGUCGUCGCGCAUGCGUUGCUGUGUAGUUGAAUUUUCUGGAGCGCUUCUUCAGACUAAGUUUGGGCUGCUGCUUCUCGGUCGAUGAUGAGAGGGAUGCUGAUCGCUCGGGAUCACUGGCGCGCGGGGAUCUUGUGUCUCCUUGUGCUCGUGGCUUUGACGGUGGGUCGUAGUCCGCCAGCGCACAGUUUAAACGAACCAAGCAACAUGUCAUAUGUCAAAGUCACUGUGGAUAAACUACUCAAAGGCUACGACAUCCGUCUCAGGCCUGACUUCGGAGGUCCUCCGGUUGAUGUCGUUAUGAGUAUUGACAUUGCCAGUAUCGACAUGGUGUCGGAAGUGAACAUGGACUAUACCAUCACCAUGUAUUUCCAGCAGUCUUGGCGCGAUAAGCGCCUGUCCUACACAGGGAUUCCUCUCAAUCUUACUUUGGAUAACCGAGUGGCUGAUCAACUCUGGGUGCCUGAUACUUACUUUAUAAAUGACAAGAAAUCUUUUGUCCAUGGGGUCACAGUGAAGAACCGAAUGAUUCGCCUGCAUCCUGAUGGGACUGUGCUCUACGGCCUUAGGAUAACUACCACAGCUGCUUGUAUGAUGGAUUUGCGGAGAUACCCGCUGGAUGAGCAGAACUGCACACUGGAGAUUGAAAGUUAUGGCUACACCACAGAUGACAUUGAGUUCUACUGGCAGGGAGGAAGUUCAGUGACGGGGGUGGACAACAUCGAGCUGCCGCAAUUCUCUAUUAUUGAUUAUAAAACACUGUCUAAGAAAGCGGUGUUUGCCACAGGAUCAUAUCCUCGUCUGUCUCUCAGUUUCAAACUGAAGAGAAACAUUGGAUAUUUCAUCCUGCAGACCUACAUGCCCUCAACAUUGAUCACCAUCCUGUCCUGGGUCUCUUUCUGGAUCAACUAUGAUGCUUCCGCUGCAAGAGUUGCGCUAGGAAUCACCACUGUUCUAACUAUGACCACAAUCAACACUCAUCUAAGGGAGACUUUACCCAAGAUCCCUUAUGUGAAGGCCAUAGACAUCUAUCUGAUGGGCUGCUUUGUCUUUGUGUUCCUGGCCUUGCUCGAGUAUGCCUUCGUCAACUACAUAUUCUUCGGCCGUGGUCCACACUUGCAGAAGAAAGUGGCAGAAAAAGCUGCAAAAAGCAACAAUGAGAAGAGUCGCUUGGAGAGUAACAAAGUUCAGGCUGAUGUGCAUGGAAACAUUCCCCUGACAAACUUAGACCUGCGUCUUAGCGGGGCAGAGAUGUUAGGUGCUCUUGGGGACCCAAGGAACACCAUGUUCUCUUAUGACAGUGCCAGCAUCCAAUACCGUAAGCCCCUUACAGGUCGGGAACUCUACAGCCGGUCCACUGCCUCUGUCGAGAGGCCGAUGGCACGAAAAAAGAGUCGUCUAAGGAGGCGAGCGGCUCAGCUAAAGGUGAAGAUUCCAGACCUGACAGACGUAAACGCCAUUGACAAGUGGUCACGUGUCAUCUUUCCCAUCACCUACACCUUCUUCAACUUAGUAUACUGGUUGUAUUAUGUUCACUAGGGAGCAGCACUGACUCGACCCAGCCAUUCACACAUCAGGUCAGGCUCUCUUACCCUCCUUGUGGUUUUGACUGUCUUCUCUGUAAAUGAUUAAACUAUAAAGAAUAUAUCAUUUAAAUCUAUGUUAUAAUUUUUAAAUAAGACAAAAUAACUUAAAUAUGACUACCCGACUUUUAAAGCUGUUUAUUGUAGAUUAUGUCACAAAUAUUAGUUUAAAAAUGUCAUGGAUUUUUGCACUUUGCUUCUGUAGGACCAAUUUCACUGACAGCAGAAAGUACAGCUUCACAAAUGGGGAGAAAAAGGCUUUUCUUUAGAGAUGACACCUGCAGCUGUAGACAGGCUUAAAUCUUUAAAACAGCAUUUGGAAGUUGUUUUCAUCAUCCAUCUUGCAUAUAUUGGAGGACCGAAGGUCUUAAAGGGAUGUUCUUGGUUUAUUACAAGCUGUACUGACAACAUUUGUGGUAUACAUUUCAUUACAACAGAAAAUACUUUUAACUAAUCCCUCAGGUUUUAUAAUAAUUGGGAAAGGAAUUACAAAUCACUUUUGUCUGGUACUUUUAUACCCUGUAGAUUUUAUUAAAGAUUUAUCACUUUGUUUUACAACAAUGCAAGCAUUUAGGUAUUUUUUUUAGAAAAGCAAUAGUUAUUUAGUAUAGUGAAAUUGUUUCUGAGGUCAAUAUUACCCUGGCAAUAGAUUAGGAAGUUUAGUAAAAGUCUUUAAGUGUCAGCUUAAUUCUGUUUGGUAUUUGUGGUACUAGUAUUUAAAUGUGGUUACAGUAAGACACUUACAAUGGAAGUACAUGUGCCAGACAAUUAAAAUAAUAAUACAACAUAACAUAAGUUAGUCAUAUUGGCAUAACAUGCUGUGGUAAAUAUGGACGAUAUGCUUUUGGAAACAGUUGUACUCUGCUUACAUGGAGCAAGUUCCACCUGCAAGACUAAAUGUACAGUAUCAUAUACUUUUAUAGUUACUGAAGAUAAGUUCAUUUACCUCUAAUAGCAAUCCCUUAAAAAGUAAUUUCAUAGUUGGAGCUUAACUCGAAUGAAAACCUGGAACAUUCCUUUAAAAUCAAGACCUUCUCCCCCAGUUAAGACACAUCACAUACUGUAGAUUAUAGAGCUAUUAAGAGAUCAUUGUUUGGGUUACAGUAUUUAUAGGGCUUGGUCUAUAUGUAACACACUUGUUCUCUAUUAUCAAAUCUAGUCAGUCUGCCAGGAACGCAUGUCCUUACAUCAGCAUGGCGACACAUGAGGGCAAGCAGGAUAUGAGUUUAAAGUCCUCACAGUAUGUAAAUUUGUACAUUAAAACAAAUCAGGUAUUGAAAGAUGUAUGAUGUCAUCAUGUUUUUCUCUAUUUUUUCUUAGAAACCAACAAAUCCUGCAUAUUUCAUUAAUGGCAGCAGUUGAAUUUUAUACUGUAAAGCCCAAUAUCUAAAAUCAAGAUUCAUUAGCAAGAGGUUAAAAGACAAAACAGUUUCAGGAAAGUGAUGUAUUGUUUCCUAUUGUUUAGUAUUUGACUCAGCAUUCCUAACUUUAUUGCAAUCGAAAUGUAGCUAUGAUUUUAGAUACGGGCAUUGUUUUAGGGAUGUAGUUAUAACUAUUUAUAUAGGACGGGGUACCCAACCCUGUUUCCUGGAGAUCUAUCUUCCCGCAGAGUUCAGUUCCAACCCUGAUCAAACAUACCUGUCUGUAAUUAUCAAGUGCUCAUUCAGAUCCUAAUUAGUUGGUUCAGUUGUGUUUGAUCAGGGUUGGAGCUGAACUCUGCAGGGAGGUAGGUCUCCAGGAAUAGGGUUGGGCACACCUGAUAUAGGAAGUGACUUUCACAUUUGCAUUUAACUUUAAACUGCUAUUCACUGUGAGUUAUAUAUUAUCCAAGCUCACCAAAAUGGCUAAUAGGACUUAAUAACAAAUUAGAAUUUUCUUCUUAAUGGCUUAACUUGUGCCUUUUAAGAAAAAACAAAACAUGUAUUUUACAGGGUUUAACAUACAACAGCAGAGUAGAAAUAUUCUGAAUGGAUUUCCACUUUUCUAUAGAACAAAUAUUACUUAAGGGUGCCACACAUAAUUAAAAAUAAAGGUACUUUCAAGGGCUUUUCCAAUGCCCUGCAUUAAUAUUCUGUAUAAUAUUAGAAAUACAUAAAAUGCGUUUGGCAUGUAAAUAAAUUGCUUGCAUUGCAACACUCUUUUUUUGGGACAUGAGCUGCUCAGUUUAUUGUCCAGGAGUGAAUUAACUUUACGAAAUUCUCCAUUAAUGCUAAUCAAAGACUGGCAAUGUAAAAACAAAGCAUAUUCACACGCUCCAGCCAGAAUCAGCAUGAAUACACAAACAUGUACACAUAAAAGUGAAGUUAUAUUUAACUUUUGAUAGGCCAUCUAUCAUUCAUACAUGGUGUUUUGGCUUGAGAUGCCUACAACAGCACAUGCCAAAAAAAAAAAAGGAUUUUUAAAAACAGUAUCCUAUUAUCUGUGUAUGAUUUCUGUAAUUGCACUCAUGCUAUCUGUCAGUGCACUUUCAUGCAGAUGCGGAGAGUUUUGAAGGAGAAUAUACUGUUACUGAAUGAGACAGAGUGUUUGUAUUUGAGUUUAUGUAUUUAAGCCUAGGACUGCAACCACAGUUGUUCUUAAGGAUACUUCAUUUUAAAUCAUAGACAUUUUGAAAGAAUUCAAAUAAAAUAUCUCACCAAGCAUAAUGUGAAGAGCUGGUUUUUGUACUCGAUUGCUUUUUUGUUGCAUUACCACAUGGCAUUGGUGUUUUUGUGAGCUGGGAUGUCUAAUAAUCAAUGACGGACACUGAAUUAACUGGGUAAUGAAUAAAAAGGGUUAAUUGUUCUCAUAAACCAAUCACCCUUGGCUCUACAGGGAAUGGACCUAUUAAGAUGAUCUGACAGUAAUGAAGACAGAAUUCCAUUCAUACAACUUACUUGAUUUAAU